AUGCCACGACCAAGUCGAAUUCAUGACCUGGCGGAUGAGCUAGUUGGCGAAAUUCUGCUCCAACUAUUGGAGACCCAUGGGCAGCGAGCCCUCCAUGGCAACCGAGCAGGACACAGACCUCAAGACUGUCAAUCGGGCGAACGUGAUCCAGUUCGAAACAGGAAUCGUGGAGAGGCUUCUGAUCUGGAUCGAUUCCGGCUUGUCUGUAAACGUUUUAUGCGAAUUGGUACUCCGCAAACAUUUGCUAAAUUUACUCUCCGAUUCUCCAAAGAUGGGUUUCGCCGCCUCCGCGAGUUGAUGGAUAUGCAACGAGCUUAUUACGUGAGGACUGUGACCUAUUUGGCAAGACCUUUCUAUCAGGGCAGCGAUUGGCCGCAAGUGCUGCGUAUUCUUGCCAAAGACGCCCCCGAAAUCGCCCGAUUACAUAGCCGCCGUGUGCGCGAACAAAAGACAUUACUACAGGCCAGUUUUGACCAAGUGCAGCUGCGCGCGGCGAUUGCGGCAUUUACAUCAUUACGGGAGAUAAAAUUACUUCGACUUCAAGAUGAAGCCGACGAGCAACUACUGGAUUUGUUCCACGAGCAUGAUAUUGCGAACCUUGCGCCGGACGUCUUCCUCGACUGGGAGUCCGCGUGCUCACGUGCAAUCACCAGCCUAGGAGUGGCCUUGCUUGAUAGCCAACGUACUUCGAUCCGUUUUACUGGGCCACAAAUCAGCCCCGAGGCAACCCUGCGCUUGCUUGAAGCACCGUCAACCACGCUCGCCGCAAUGGGCAGUCGCCUUACAAGCUUGGACAUCAACUUCCACGCCCUUGGUGAUAUCACCGAGACCAUGUCUGUUCUCUCGCCGGUAUUCUAUCGCUUUUUCUCCGAGGCUCGAAACUUGAUUGCUAUUCACAUUGGAUUUCCCUCAAAGUGGCCACUGAAUCUGGAUCUGGAGGCGGUCUUCCACCACAUCCGAUGGAAGAAUCUUCGCAAACUCAGUCUCCAGGGAUGGCGCCUGACAGCGGACGAAAUUGGAACAUUGGCACGUCGACAUCGCCACCAGCUGCGAGAAUUUCGCCUCCACGCCGUCUAUCUUCAAGAGGGGAGCCGAUGGUCCGAUGUUCUCAAUGAUUUGCGCACGGAAAUGGAGCAUCUCGCCAGACUGGAGCUGCGCGAGAUCGACUACGCCGCGAAUUUCGAUGCGUUGGCUAUCGACAGUGGCGUCGAGAUUUUCCAACCUUACACUGUUCAUUCGCUGGCAUCCUCGCUGUCCUUGGCGACGGGCACAGCAUCGCCCGAAGGUGCCGUUCCUCCAUCGUUUGACUCUGAUGUCUGUAGCCUGAUUGACUCCAGUCCAAGUCCUCAUAGCCGCGAAAUGCUAGAGAGAUUCCGCGCACUCGACGUGAAAGAAUUGGGCGACGACGGCGCUCGAGUACACCGCGAUCAAGUACCACUUUGGGAAACGUGGGUUUUGUCUGGAAUCGGCGCGAGAGGUUUGAGGAUCUAG